AUGAUAUCACUGAUAAGUAGAGGAGGAUUACAUUUGUUAAGUCGUAGAAUGUUGUUCAAUUCGAUGGUCCGGUUUUUCCCGCUUGUGCAGUUCAAAUUGUCAGAUAUUGGUGAAGGCAUCGCUGAAGUGCAAAUUAAAGAAUGGUAUGUGAAGGAAGGUGAUCAUGUGACACAGUUUGACAAUAUCUGCGAGGUGCAAAGUGAUAAGGCAUCAGUUACAAUCACCAGCCGUUAUGAUGGUAUCAUCAGAAAAUUAUAUUAUAAUAUUGAAGAUAUAGCGAAGGUGGGUACAGCUCUUGUGGACAUCGAAGUUGAAGGCGUCGAUACAGUGACGCAAGAAGAAAAUCUUAAUGGGAAAGUGGAGACAGAAACGAUCACUGCAGGGAAUGUUCAGGAAACUAGGAAAGUCCUUGCGACUCCGGCGGUUCGACAACUUGCUAGGGAAAAAGGGGUGAAUCUGAGUGAAAUCACUGGAACAGGUCAUGAUGGACGUAUUUUGAAAGAUGAUGUUAUUCGAUAUGUCGAACAUCAAACCGAUUUGUUAACGACUGCAGCUGCAGAGAUACCAUUUGAAGAUAUGGCAUUUCAUACCACAAAUGCAACUUCACCACCACUAUCGCAUUCUUUGUCGCUGGAAAAGUUUGAGGUGUUGAAAGAAGAUAAAGUGAUCCCUAUACGCAGCUACACUCGUGCUAUGGUUAAGUCGAUGACUGAAUCUUUGAAAAUACCACAUCUUGGCUUUUGCGAUGAGGUGAACUUUGAUCAACUAAUAACAAUGCGAAAGGAGCUGAAAAAAUUUGAAGAAGCAUACAAUGUUCGUAUGAGUUUUAUGCCUAUUAUUAUCAAAGCUGUCUCCCUUGCUUUGAAGAAAUUUCCAAAACUUAACGCUAUAUUGGACAAAAAUUUAGAAAAUGUCAUUUGCAAAGCAUCACACAACAUAUCAAUAGCUGUGGAUACUCCGGAAGGUCUUGUAGUACCAAACAUUAAACACUGCGAACAGCGCACGCUGUGGGAGAUUGCUGCUGAACUAAACCGUCUUCAGGAAGCUAGCAGCAAAAUGAAAAUUGAUCCAGAAGAUCUUAAGGAUGGAACAUUUGUACUAUCCAAUGUAGGCAUGAUUGGUGGCACUUAUCUUUCUCCGGUAAUUAUGCCACCGCAACUUGCUAUUGGAGCAAUUGGACAGAUUUCUAAAUUGCCUCGAUUUGAUAAGCAGGGAAAUGUUUGUGCAACCAAUGUGGUGAAGUUUUCCUGGGCUGCAGAUCAUCGUGUUAUUGAUGGUGCCACGGUAGCUCGCUUUAGUAACCAAGUAAAGCAGUAUCUUGAGAAUCCAUCCAGCAUGGUCGCCGAUUUGAGAUAA